AUGACAAGGAGCCUCCGGCCGCGCCCCCUGACAAGCUCCGUCUCGUCGAGCGAUAAGCUGUCUUCGCGGAAGUACCCCGGCGUGCAGAGCGCCGCUCUCAAGGGGGGCCAACCCAUCGCCGCGAGCGCCCGCCUGAAGCCGCGGUCCAGGAUGAACCCCGGCGACGGCAACGAGCCGCUCCUCGACGACCUCGAGGCCCGCAUGCGGCGCCCACUCGACGGCGAGGGCGACCAGGCGGCCCCGCUCACCAGCAAGGACGAGGAAGACGACCACAAAAGCGACGUCCACGCCUCCGCAGCGCACCUCACGAACGCCAUCGUCGGCGCAGGCAUCAUGGCGCUCCCGCGCGCCAUCGCGGAGCUCGGCAUCCUCCUCGGCGUCGCGUGCCUGAUCGGCUGUAUGGGCCUCGCAGUCUUCACGAUCGAAUCCAUCGUCGUGACGGCCGCGAGGUCGAACUGCCUGACGUCGUACGGCGACCUCAUCAAGACCCGCUUCGGCCCGCGCGGCGCAGCGUCGCUCCAGCUGUCCAUCAUCCUCAACAACUUCGGGGUUAUGUGCAUCUAUCUGCUCAUCAUGAGCGACACCCUCGUGGGCUCCUGGGAGCUCCCCGGGGUCCUUCCGAUCAUCUACAAGACAUCCCCGGGGUCUGUCUGGUGGAUGACCAAGCCCGUCAUCCUCCUCGUCGUCAUCGUCGGCAUCAUCGCGCCCAUGUGCUCCCUGCGCAGCCUCAAAAAGCUCGCGCCCAUCAGCAUGGUCUCCGUCGCCAUCUGCGCCUCGUUCGCACUCGUCGCGCUCUUCCUGGCCGGCAGCGCCGCGUCGCAGGGCAACCUCUCGCGCACGGCGCGCCUGUACCCCGACGCGCGCCUCCUCGGCCGCGACCCGCUCCAGAUCACCGGCUCCAUCCUCCGCAUCCUCCCCAUCAUCAUGACAGCCUACUGUUGCCACUAUACGAUCCACCCCGUGAUGGCGCACCUGGAGGGCUUCUCGGUGCCGCGCAUGAAGCGCGUCGUGCGCACCGCCGUGACCAUCUGCGCGGGCCUCUACGUCACGGCCGGCGUGUCGGCCUAUGCCAUCUUCGGCGACACGACGCGCCCGGACGUCCUGGAGAACUUCACCGCCGGCUCGCUCGACCACAUCGUGCCGUACGACGUCGCGCUCUUCUGCUCGACGCUCAUCAAGGUCCUCUACGCCGGCAGCCUGAUCGGGUCCUUCACGCUGAUCAUGUGGGCUCUGCGGCUCAACGCGUUCGAGAUGGCGGGCGUGCCGGUCGCGCCCGGACAGGGCUGGAGGUGGCACGGCUCCGGCGCCGCGCUCCUCGCGGGCGCGUACGCCUGCGCGGUCUUUCUGCCCUCGAUCUGGACGGCCCUGGAGCUGGUGGGGGCGACCGCUGUCGUGCUGAUGUCCUUCCUGUGGCCCAUGCUGCUGCUGCUGCGCGUGGAGGGCCCGACGCUCCGCAUGCCCACGCGCGUCGCGGCGUACGCGGUGAUCCUCGCGGGGCUGCUCGUGGCGGCGAUCGGCACGGUGGGGGCUGUCAGGGACAUGCGGAGUGGGGGGGGUGUGGCGGCGCACGCGCCGGUGCACCGCGGGCCGCCGGUGGACCCCGACAACGCGGCGGCUGGCGGCGCGACCGCGCAGCACGUGGUGCGCGGCCUGUGGGAGCUCGUGCGGCGGUGA